AUGAGGUUCACAUUCCCUCUGAUGGCCACUGGCCUGGAGGUUGCCAUGAUUGUUUUAUUUGCAACAUUUGUUCAGUAUGAAACAGAUCAGAACCUUUCCCAGAAGCCCAACAGCACCAGCGUGGACUUGGACACAUCCGGGGACUUGUAUCCUUUCUUCCGAGAUGUGCAUAUUAUGGUAUUUGCUGGGUUCGGCUUCCUCAUGACCUUCCUGAGAAAAUAUGGCUUCAGCAGUGUCGGCAUCAACUUCCUCAUUGCUGCCCUGGGCCUCCAGUGGGGCACCAUUGUACAGGGGAUCCUGCACAUGCACGGAGAGAAAUUUCACAUUGGAAUCAAAAACAUGAUCAACGCAGACUUCAGUACAACCACAGUUCUGAUUUCUUUUGGAGCUGUCCUGGGAAAAACAAGUCCAAGCCAAAUGCUGAUCAUGACAGUUUUAGAAAUUGCUGCCUUUGCUGGCAAUGAAUAUCUGGUUGGCAAUAUAUUUUUGGCCUCUGAUAUUGGAGCAUCCAUGACCAUCCACGCCUUUGGGGCCUACUUUGGUUUGGCUGUAGCCGGUGUCUUGUACCGAUCAGGCCUGAGAAGAAGGCAUCCCAAGGAAGAGUCUGUGUACCACUCAGACUUGUUUGCAAUGAUUGGGACUCUUUUCCUCUGGAUAUUUUGGCCCAGCUUCAACUCAGGCAUUGCCACACCUGGAGACACACAGAGAAGGGCCAUUGUGAACACAUACUUCUCCCUCGCCGCCUGCGUGGUCACCGCUUACGCGUGUUCCAGCCUUCUCGAGCAAAACGGCAAACUCAACAUAGUUCACAUUCAGAAUGCAACCCUUGCCGGAGGAGUGGCUAUGGGCACGUGUGCAGACAUGAAAAUCCCCCCAUACUUUUCUUUGAUCCUUGGGAGCAUUGCAGGAAUUAUAUCCGUACUUGGGUUUAAGUUCCUGACACCAUUUUUCACUACUAAACUGAGGAUCCAUGAUACAUGUGGAGUCCAUAACCUGCACGGCUUACCUGGUGUGAUAGGAGGCCUCGCCAGCAUCGUGGCCAUAGCCAUGGAGAUACCUACCAUGUCUACUGCCAUGGAUAUGCAGGCGAUUAGACAGGCAGCUGCACUAGGUUCUUCCAUUGGAAUAGCAAUUGUUGGAGGGCUAAUCACAGGUUUGAUUCUAAAGAUACCUAUCUGGGGACAGCCAUCUGACGAGAACUGUUAUGAGGAUUCUGUUUACUGGGAGGUUCCUAAGAGGAUAGAACAUGACAGUGUUUUCCCCGAACAUAGGAGCCACAACCAGCUGGAACCUGAAGCCUAAAAACCACUGUGCCCCCUGUUCUUUUCCUGUUAUCGAGACUCAAAACAAUAUGGCAGCAUCCAGUGAGAAAGUGGACCAGAACGGAUGGAUCCUGAGCCCCAAAUGUCCAGUAUGAAAAUAAACAUAAUCUGGUGCUCUCUCUUAGUAUCAAGGAUCAUUUAGUGGAAGACAUGUGACUCAUAAAACAGGUGGUCAAAUGGAUUUUAUUCAGGGCAUUCAGAAUCACUCUUGCCAGUGGGUAGGUACAGGGUGAAGAUUCCAUGUAUUUCUUGUGGGGGUUUUUCCCCACACAGAGAAGGAUUUACAAAGAAAUCAACACUUUCUAAUCACGUCCAUUCCUUAAUGUACAUACUAUGUCUUCAAUCUCAGAGAUUACGAAACUGAGGCCAAUGAAACAAUAAUUUAUGUAAGAGAUCUAUGUAAGAAAUAAAAAAGAUGUGAAGUUCCUGUUGUGGCUCAGGGUU